UAUUCAGCGAUGAAAUCUUUGAGAUAGGAGAAAACUUGCAAAAUCAGCAACUAGACUAAAAAAUGAGAUCAGCGUAAUUUUAACAUAUCCAAUAAAUAUAUAGCGAUGGCAGAAUAAUCAUGAUAUCUUGAUAUAAAGAAGGAAAUUAUUAUUUAUGUCCACCAGACGUUUGAAAUGGAAAAGGAAUCGCAAACUAUGAAUUUAUACAAAAAUCCAGAUCAACAUAAUCCUAAUAUAUCCAAUAAAUAUACAGCGAUGGGUGAAGGUUCGAGCUUCCUUGAUAUAAAAGAGGAGAAUAUUUUGGAUUACUGCAGUACUUUUGAGAUAAGGAAGGAAUACCAAAAUCAGGCAUCACACAAAAAUUCAGGUGACCAAAGUGUGCUGAAAAAGGCUCUAGAAUCGAGAAGUUAUUUACAUCUUGGAAAAAUGAAUAGAAAUUUUGAAUCGAGACCCUGUAGAUUUCAAACCGUCUACGAAACUCAAGUACAGGGGAUUCCUGUUAAUCAAGGAAGAAAGCACAAAUCUCAAAAGAAGUUCCAAUGCAACAUGUGUGGGCGAAGUUAUGUUCACCAACCGAAUUUAUCUCGACAUAAACGUUACGAAUGUAUAAAUGUAGAGCCUCAAUUUGAUUGCAAUUUCUGCGGUCGUAAAUUUCGCCAAAAACAGGCCCUUGCUAAUCACAAUAUUCGUUGUAUUUCAAAAAUUAGUGUUCAAUAUUAAUCUAAACAAAAAUUAAACACUCAAAAUAUUUAUUUAACAAGUACGUCCGUAUAAAAUCAAAGACCAACGCAAUACAGGCAUAUUCAAUAAUUAUAUGGUCAUGGGCAAUCAACCAUGUUUCCCUGAUAUAAGACAAGACAAUUUUUUUUAUGCUCAUAAUACUUUUGAGAUGAGAGAGGAAUCGCAAAUUCAGGAAUUAAACAGAAAUGCAGAUAUACGGGUUUUGAAAAAUACUCUGCUAUUCGGAAAGAAAAGAACAUUUAUGUCUAAGACAGACCCCGACUUAAAAUGUAAAUUUUGCAAUCUUCGAUUUCCACGCAAAGACGAAGUUAAGUUACAUAUUCUCAACAUGCAUUCGAAAAUGUAUGAACCCAAAACUUUGGAGACAAAUUUCAAAUGUGAUGUCUGUGGAAAUAAAUAUAGGAAUAAAAGACAUCUUUAUACUCAUAUUGUUAAAAAGUAUCAUAUGCGAUACACCAAUGACAGUCAGAUUGAUCAUCACACGAAGAGACCUGUAUAUAAAUGCACGAAAUGUCCACGAUAUUAUUUAAAUAAAUCAAGUUUGAAACGCCAUUGUAAUCAAGUUAAACAUUAAUUAGUCUCAAGGAAAAAAUAAAAAUUAUAUUUCAU